CUGGACCCUCCCAGAGGUCUCGGCCUCUAGCCACGCCCACAAGGCAACCACGCUCCAGCCUGGCCACGCCCCCGCUGCCCAGGUUUGGCUCUGGCUAGCCGGGCGAGUGUAGUCAAGAAAGGACGCGCCACACCAGCUGUCCGCCGACCCCCAGUCCCGGCCCCCGCGCUCAUGGCCGCACCCGGACCCCGCGCCUUGCGUGCUGCUCUCUGCGGCGGUUGUUGUUGCCUUCUCCUGUGUGCCCAGCUGGUUCUAGCUGGUAAAGGAGCUCGUGGCUUUGGUCGGGGAGCCCUGCUCCGCCUGAACGUUUGGCCUACUACCCAAGGGGGCUGCAAACACCUGGGACACUGUGAACACUGUGUGGACAGAGCCCACAACUUCUCCAUUUGUGUCUGGCAGCAAUGUGGGCCAGAGGAGCCAGGACACUGUGUGGCCCAAGCUGAAGUGGUCAAGGAGGGUUGCUCAAUCUAUAACCACUCAGAGUCAUGCCCAGCUUCCCAUCAUCAUUCCACAGAGGAACCGAAGCCAAGUACCACAGGGAGUCCCCCCAUCCCUGAAGACCACAGCCCAGGUUUUGAUGGAGCUAGCUUCAUUGGGGGCAUCGUGCUGGUACUGAGCCUGCAAGCAACAGCUUUCUUUGUGCUUCGCUUCCUCAAGGCCAAGGACAGCACUUACCAGACACUAAUCUGACCCCAGUGUUCCUGGCUCCACCUUGAAGGGACAGAGGACCUCUUGGUUGCUUUAUGGGCACUGGGGGUGGGACAAAUGUUGGCCACCAGUUUCUGGUCCCUGUAGGCACAAGGGCACCACGCAGGCUUAGUGCUGAUGGCUGACAUUUCCUGUCCUGGGUCUGGUACCUGCAGCUGAGAGCACCCUCCAGCCACCUCGUGUCUCAUCCAGCCUGCUGGGCCCCCUGAGCUGCUGCCUCUGCCCACCAAUCCACUCUGGGGUCUCCCCUCAAAUAAAGGACCUGUUUCCACCCCAUG